GUUACCGCGAAAAUCAACACAGAAGUUUACAGCUGGUGUGAAAACACAUGAAUUUCAGCUUUAGAACUGUAAAUCACUAUCAGACUGACCUCUGCCAAAUACCACUCUGACAUUGUCAACCUAACUUUAUCAGAUUACUGAAUAGAAAUAUGGAGACCAUCGACUUGAAUAUGGAAGAUAUUUUUGAGGAUCAUGAUGAUGAUUUGCCAUCUGUUGGUCCCUUGCCAGACCUACCAGAGGAAGAUGGGAGUGGGGCUCAUCAUGACAAUGAGGAUGGCGAGGAUGCAGAAAAUAGUGAAAUUCUUUCAAAGCUGAAAGAUUUAUCAAAAGGAGCAGCUAAAAAGGUGGUUCGGAAACCAAUGCCAAAACUGGACGCUACAAGAUUGUGUGGUGAAAGGGGAAUCCCCAUUCUUCCCAAAACAUUUGAGGGAAUACAGUUCAAGGGCAAAGGUCAUGAGGCAAAAGACUUAGGAGUGAUCAUGAGGUACCUCGAGCAUUGGGCACACAGGCUGUUUCCCAAAAUGCCUUUUGAUGAAGUUUUGGAAAGGAUAGAAAGACUGGGUACCAAUAAAGAAGUACAGUCAUGUAUUAAGAAGAUGAGACUAGACAUGCCGAUAUUGUCCAGUGACUUUGUUACGGAGGCUGAUGAUGAGGACGAGGAUGGACAGACCAACGGAACAAACCAGAAUGGUGGGACACAGCCUGAUCGAGGUGCUGAGGAGGUUUGGGAUGAAAUGAUUCGCGAUGAAGAGGAAGCAAUGAAGCAGAGACCAACACCUGUCAAGACAUCUCAUCUUCUGACUGCUCUGUCCCAGACGGACACGCCCUCAUCCUACAGCACAGACAGCAGCCACACACCCUCCACUCCCUCCACUUCCUCCACUUCCUCCACUCCCUCCACCCCACACACAACAGCUAACAAUGGCAGCAGUAGUCUGGCAAUGGGGCUCACUCCUGAACAGGCAGAGAGGAUAGAGAGAAACAAGAGACUAGCCAUGGAAAAACGCAACAAAGGAAAAGCUGUAUUUAAAGUUCCAGCCACGCCUACUUCUGUCAAUGGAUCCCCCAUAACAAAGACCACACCUUCUGGGAAAACAUCUAACUUUGACCAACAACGGGGAAACGGGACACCAGUAAUUCUCACAGACAGCGAUGUACUGAGCAAUAUCAUCUCACAGCAAGACGAAGGAAAAUCACACCAAAGCAGUGAUGUCACACCGCUCAUGAAUGGCUCAGUUAAAGGCAGUGAUGUCACACCUCUCACUAAUGGCUCAGUUAUAGGCAGUGAUGUCACACCACUCACGAAUGGCUCAGUUAUAGGCAGUGAGUCUGAGAUGAGUGAAGUAUUCCCGGUUAUUGACAAUUCUAAAGUAAAAAAGGGUCAAAGCAGCAGUACAUAUGAUUCAAGUCAGGAAAUGAGUGAGGUUAUCCCCCUUAUCAGCAAUAUAAGGGGAGAUAACUAUUCUGGUGACUGCAGUCCAUCUAAAAUAAGGAAGACAGACAGCAUAUGAACAGUUUUAUCUAUCGAAGUAUUGUAUCAGUGAACUGGAUUUAAUAUAUUUAUUGUUUUACAUGUUUUAUUACAAAUGUGACCUUGAAUAUAAGCAGCUUGUCACACUACAAAAUUGGAAACCUGACCCCUUUUAGAAGAGGUUCUGAGAAAUCUCCAAUUUGUAACUGUUAUGUACUAUUUCUGAUGUCCGUGCUUUGUCAUUGUCUCUCCCGGUGAUGCUUAUAAAAAAAAGUCAUCAUGACAUACCGGUGUGUCUAAUGAGACACAAAACAUGUCCUUCCUUCAUUAAGGCCCCAUCUAUCAUGACUAGUGUGUUAUUUUGAUACCUAAUCUCGACACUUUCACCGUUCCUUUGCAGACUGCAAGGGUUUAUCAUUAUUGAAGUUUAAUCGUUUAUAUACAGGGUGUACAUAGGUGGAUAUUCUUUGUAUAUAAUUCAUGUUACAUUGUCAACCAUUAUCACUGAUAGAAAAGCCUGAUUUCCAGAGACCUUAAUUAAACAUGCGUUUGUGGUAAUAAAGCCAUUUGUUUAUUGCCUUUACUGUGCUAUGCUGUAUCACUGAUUAUACUUAACAUCCUAUGAACAGCAUACACGUUUUAUAACAAACUAUAGAGGACUGAAGAUAUCAGUUAACCAUAAACAUAUAAUUCAUCUUAGAGUUUAAUGCUUACACGACCAUAUACCUUACCAGCGACACAAAUAUGACAGAAUUACAAUAAAUGUGUCUUAGUAUGUGUUUUUGUAUUGUCAAUAGGUAUUGUGU